AUGGUCGCUGAAGACAGCGCCACCGAGGUUGGCUCGAUCGGGUCGCGCCACAAGGCCACUGUCGACCACACGCCUACGCCGGCCUCCGUCAACGACCUCUCCGAGAAGCAGCCCGCUGCCGCCGCCGAGGACGAGACUGUCGCCGAUGAAAAGGAUGCCGCCGCCGCCGUCGCCGCCACGCCGAGCGACGACCCCGACGAGGGCAUCGAGUACCCCGUCGCCUGGAAGCUGGGCCUGAUCACCAUUGCCCUGUGCCUGUCUGUCUUUUGCGUCGCCCUGGACAACACCAUCAUCGCCACCGCCAUCCCCCGCAUCACCGACGAGUUCAGGGGCUCCGUCCAGGACAUUGGCUGGUACGGCGCCGCCUACCUGCUCACCACCUGCGCCGUCCAGCUCAUCUUCGGCAAGCUCUACACCUUCUACUCGGUCAAGUGGGUGUACCUGGGCGCCAUCUUCCUCUUCGAGGUCGGCUCGGUCGUCUGCGGCGCCACCCCGACCUCGGUCGGCCUCAUCAUCGGCCGCGCCAUCGCCGGCCUCGGCGCCGCCGGCAUCUUCUCUGGCGCGCUGCUCAUCAUCAGCCGCAGCGUGCCCCUCCGCCAGCGGCCCGUCUACAUGGGCCUCAUCGGCGCCGUCUACGGCCUCGCCUCCGUCGCCGGCCCGCUCAUGGGCGGCGCUUUUACUGACAAGGUCACCUGGCGCUGGUGCUUCUACAUCAACCUGCCCUUUGGCGGCGUCACCGCCUUCUUCAUCGUCAUCUUCCUGCACCUGCCCGACGCCAAGACGGCGCUCAAGGACACCACCUUCAAGGAGCAGCUGCUCUCCUUUGACCUCGAGGGCACCUUCUGCUUCAUCCCCGGCAUCGUCUCGCUGCUCCUCGCGCUGCAGUGGGGAGGCUCGCGCUACCCCUGGGGCAACGGCCGCAUCAUCGGGCUCUUCGUCGUCUUCGCCGUGCUCAUCGCCGCCUUCGUCGCCAUCCAGAUCUGGAAGGGCGACAAGGCGACCGUGCCCCCGCGCAUCUUCACGAACCGCACCGUCUGGGCCUGCUCCGCCUUCGUCGUCUGCCUCGGCGCCGCCUUCUUCAUCAUGGUCUACUACCUGCCCAUCUGGUUCCAGGCGAUCCAGGGCAGCUCCGCCGUCAACUCGGGCAUCAAGAGCCUGCCGCUGAUUUUGGGGCUCGUCGUGCUCUCCAUGAUCUCGGGCGGCUUCGUCUCCGCGCUCGGCUACUACACGCCCUUCAUGAUCGCCUCGUCGGUGCUCAUGGCCGUCGGCGCGGGCCUGCUGACCACGCUCGAGAUCGGCGCCGGCCGCAACGAGUGGAUCGGCUACCAGUGCGUCUUCGGCUUCGGCGUCGGCCUGGGCAUGCAGCAGCCGAUGGUGGCGAUGCAGGCGUCGCUGCAGGUGGCCGAGAUCGCGGUCGGCACGGCCAUCAUCAUCUUUGCGCAGACGCUCGGCGGCGCGCUCUUCAUCUGCGUCGCGCAAAACGUCUUCCAGAACAAGCUCAAGGAGGUCAUCGCCGCGGCCGGCAUCCCGGGGCUCACCCUCGACGCCGUCAACUACGUCGGCGCCACGGGGGCGCGCACGCACUUCCAGGGUGAGGCCCUGGAGGUCGUCCUGAACGCCUACAACACGGCCAUUACCAACUGCUUCUACGUGGCCGUCGCCCUCGCCUCGCUGUCCCUGAUCGGCGCCCUCUUCACGCCCUGGAACUCGGUCAAGGGCAAGAAGAUUGAGAUGGCUGCCGCGUAG